GAGUUAACUCUUCCAAGAUGGCUACCGGGAAAGAAAAGAAAAUCGCACAACAAUAAAAACUUUUCAUUUUGACAAAUUUAAGGCGGCCAGUUGGACCAAGGAGAGUCCGAAAUGGCGUCGGGAGAUAUCCAGAACAAGUACCAGCGGCUGGCGCAGGAGUACGCCAAGAUGAAGUCCCAGCAUUCUGUGCUGAAGAAAGCUGUCAUUGAUGAGCAGUCAAAAGUAGCAGAACUUACGGAGUCUGUGAAGCUGAAGGACCUGUCCAUCAGGAAGUUUGAGCAGGAGAUUGACAGCCUGACGUUCCGUAACCAGCAGCUGGCCAAACGUGUCACCGUCUUACAGGACGAGCUGGACUCUGCAGCCGUCAAGAAAAAGAACAAGUUCUUCGCUCCACUGCGAUCGACUACCGACUGGUCGACAAAAGGCCCAGUAGAGCCAGCCCCUGUGGUGGCAGACACCAGUGUGUUUGGGGAGGACUUACAGAAGAAGAUUCAGGAAAAUGAGAGACUUCACAUGCAGGUGCACCAAGAGACGGAGGAACACCGGCAGGUGGUGGCCAGCCUGCAGGUGCGGCUGGAGCAGCUGGAGAAGGAAGCUGGUCAGCACCAGUCGGUACUGGACUCCAUCCACCUCAACCACAAGGCCUUAGUGGACAAGCUGCAGCAGGAAAAAGCCAUGUUAGAGGUUAAGUUACAGAAACAGGAAACAGAUGUAAGGGAUUCUAAAAGGAUAGCUGACCAUUGUCAACAGCAGCUGAAGAGAGUCCAUGCCGACCUCAGCUCCAGGCUGGAUGACUCCACAAAGGUCAUUCAGGAGAAGGUCAUCUUUAACGACACCAAGUAUCAAGAACUAAAUGUACUGAAUGUGCCAACUCAUGACAGAAAACACCAGGUGAAGGCAAAAGAGUUGAUAGGCCAGGCCCUGGGGUACAUAGGUGACCUGGUGUCGGGCAUGUCCAACUACCUGACGUAUGCAGAACAGAGGAGUCAGAUCUUCCCUAUGGACUCCUCUACAGGAGAACCCCUCAGUCCUGUCAACAGGAGGCUGUGCCAAUAUCUCCAUGAGAACGCCUCUCAUCUGAGACCAAUAGAGCAGUCCUUCCGUUCAUUCCACGAGGGUCUGAGAGAGGAUGCCCUGACCACACUGGAAACUGCGACAGGGAUACAGGAUUUUUCAGAGAAGUUCCACUCAUUUGUUGCCUACAUGGAGAAACUCCUCCCAUACCAGCUUAGAAGUUUGGAAGAGGAGUGUGCCGUGUCCACCUGCUCCGCCACACUGGAGGCACGGAACAUGGAACUUCACGCCUCGCUCCCGAAACUCACCGCCACCCUGUCCAAACUGGACAACUACCUUUCACUUAUAGCUGCUGCAAGUAAGUCAUCCAGGGAACACCCACGGACCAAUCAGGCAGCUUUCUUCACUCAAAUGGCUGCAGGACUCAACCAGCUUCAUGAGGUGUUAAAAGAGAUCUCCAAGCAUUACAACACAAAGGUGUCUUUGGAACAUCAACUUCCCACAGCAACACAGAAGCUGAAGACAACUGAUGAAUGUGUGGUGUCAUCCUUGGUGGCACUGGUGUCAUGUACAGGCAAGCUCGCCCCCUUCUUCAGCAGCCACCUGGAGUUUUUCGUGAGCCGUGCGGGGUACCGUACGCGGGGCGUGAGCCUGUGUCGUGACACGGACGGGCCCGUGUCCUCCCCAGUGGUGACGGACCUUAGGGACCGAGCCACCUCUUACGUCAGCAGGCUCAAGAGGCCCUGCCCAGAGUCUGUUCCCUAUAAGACAGCAGUGUUGAACAGGAGAACUCUACUCAGCUCCACAGAGAGUAGGGAGGGGCUAGCACAACAGCUGACAACUGCCCAGGAGAAGAUGCGAGGUCUGGAGCAGGAGAAGGAACACUGGAUGUUGGAGGCACAACUGCUGCAGGUCCGACUGGAGAAGGAGACUAAGCGAGUGUCUCAGUUGGAGGUAGAACUCAGGCAGCUGCAGGCAGGCCAGGUGGUGACACCAGCGCCCCCUGUGGAGGCGACACAAACUGCAUCUCCUGGAGACAGAAAAUCAGUAGGAUCAGAUGUGGAGACUUCAUUGCUCGGGAAGCUGGAAAGCUCUGUGGCAGAUGAGAGUUCUGAGUCGGAGACCAGGGAACAGCUGAUCAAAGCCCACUUCACCGGCAGAGUGACAGAGCUGACCACACAGCUGCAGCAGGCAGACAGCAAGGCUGUCAACUUCCACUCUGAGUGCCGUGCCCUUCAGCAGAGACUUGGCCUGGCAGAAAAAGCUAAAGAGAAGUUCCAGGAAGAGCUGCAGACAGCCCAGCAGAAGAUUGCUCAGCUGCAGGACGAGCUGACCACCACCACCAGUAACUAUGAGAGCCAGCUCAGCAUGAUGAGUGAGCACCUGUGCAGCAUGAACGACAAGCUCACUCAGCAGAGGGACGAGAUCGACGCGCUCAAACUCAGCAACAAGGGAAGCAAGAAAGGGAAAGGAAGAUGAGAGAAGGCACCAGGAGACACUACAGGAAUAGUAAACUCGUAGCAACUCAUUGAUAAAAAAAGUAUCCAGCUGUUGAUAGCUUGAUUUUUAUUGUUUCAUACUCAAGUCAAAACAAGUAGUUUAUCUACCUCUCUUGAUAUGAUCUUAUAUAAAAGAGGUAGCAAAUGUCAGAGAGAUCUAUUCCAAUCACUGGAAAGGGAAACUUAGUCACUAUAGUCAUCUGCAUCAGUCACAGGUACACAUGUUAUGCUAUGUGGUAACAAACAUGCAGAUGUCAAAAUGUGUACUCAUCAACAACAAGCUAUGAGUAUGAACUGAAAAUAAUACACAUUUAAUAAGUCUAUAGCAAUUUUACUAUGAGUACAAUGAAAUAGUAAACAGUAUAUUGCUUUGUAGGAAGUUUUUUCCUAUUUAGAAUUUAGAAUUUUUUUUUAAUAUCAAGUCACAGGUUGUUGUUGAAAAAAAUGAUUUAGUUCCUCAGUGAUAAGUAUGCUAGAUAGAAGAUGUCAGAAACGAAAAGAUCAUCGGAGAUAUGAUAACAGUAUUUUGUCAUCUUGUGGCAUGGAAUUGAACUUGUAAUUGGAGCUUCAAUAUUUGUUGUAUACAACAGUGAUACUGUAACAGUAUUACCUUUGUAACGAAUACAGUAAAACGUGAAAAUACUAAGUUCCAUUCCUUUUGUUUUCAUUUUUUGUGCAAUUCUGCUAAAAGUUUGUACUAGUCAAUCAAAGAUGAGAGAGGAAGCAAUGAUUCACUCUCUGGUAUUGUUUAUUUUAUAGGCCACAGCAAGUAUAUUUUAUGGAUGACAUGCUCUCUGGCCCCCAAAUCUUAUGCAAGCCCUUGGAAAACACAAGGUGGGAAAAAGAUCAAAAGCCCCUAAAUCAAUGUUUACGGUGAUGUCAUCCAUAAGAUUUACUUGCUGUGGCCUUACCGAUAAGAAAUGUCCCUGUGGAAUUUGCAAAUGAUUCAAAUCAUGUGACAAUUUUAUUCCACAUUUUAGUAAAUUAUUGGAAUUACGUUGUAUGCAUUCUACGAAGAUUUGUGUAUUGACCAUGUACGUAUGGUUUUAUGCUAGCUUUGCCAUGUACAUUUGGUUGAAGUUGAUA